GGUGCCAUCGCUGCCCGCAGCCCCGGCGGCCGCUCCGUGCCGGUACCGGUGCCGGUGCCGGCCAUGAGCAAGCGCAAAGCUCCCCAGGAGAGCCUCAAUGAAGGCAUCACCGAUUUCCUCAUCGAGCUCGCCAACUACGAGCGCAACGUGAACCGGGCCAUCCACAAGUACAACGCGUACAGGAAAGCGGCCUCGGUCAUAUCUCGGUAUCCCAGCAAGAUACAGAGUGGGGCUGAAGCCAAGAAGCUGGAUGGAGUGGGUGCUAAAAUAGCUGAAAAGAUAGAUGAGUUCUUAUCCACUGGAAAGCUACGCAAAUUGGAAAAGAUUCGGCAGGAUGAUACAAGCUCUUCUAUCAAUUUCCUGACGCGAGUCACUGGCAUUGGUCCUGCUGCUGCCAGGAAAUUUGUUGAGGAAGGAAUUAAGACUUUAGAAGAUCUAAGAAAAAUUGAGCACAAGCUGACCCAUCACCAGCGAAUUGGGUUGAAAUACUUUGAAGAUUUUGAGAAAAGAAUCCCAAGGGAAGAAAUGCUGCAAAUGCAGGAAAUUGUGCUCAAAGAGAUAGAGAAACUGGACCCAAGCUAUAUUGCUACAGUAUGUGGCAGUUUUAGGCGAGGUGCAGAGUCAAGUGGUGACAUGGAUGUUCUCCUGACCCAUCCCAGUUUCACAUCAGAAUCAACCAAACAGUCAAAACUUUUGCAUAAAGUUGUAGAACAGCUGGAAAAAGUCCACUUUAUCACAGAUAUGCUGUCUAAAGGGGACACCAAAUUCAUGGGUGUCUGCCAGCUGCCAGAUAAAGAGGAUGGAACAGCUUAUCCACACCGCAGGAUUGAUAUCAGGCUUAUCCCAAAAGAUCAGUAUUACUGUGGUGUGCUGUAUUUCACAGGCAGUGAUAUAUUCAAUAAGAACAUGAGAGCUCAUGCCCUGGAGAUGGGUUUCACCAUCAAUGAGUACACAAUACGUCGCUUGGGUGUUACUGGAGUUGCUGGAGAGGCCCUGCCUGUGGAAUGUGAAAAAGACAUUUUUGAUUAUAUCCAGUGGAAAUACCGAGAGCCAAAGGACCGGAGUGAAUAACAAACUGCUUGUUAUUAUAGAGCCAACAGAGAUAUUUUCAUAGCUUCUACAAAGAUGUGAAAGUGCAUAGUCUUACCUUGAACAUUACUUGAAAAACUCUCUG